AUGGGAUCCACAACUGCUAAACCCAAGAUCUUGCUUCUUGGAGAAAUCGAUCAUGCGCAACUGUCUUGGAAUGCGCUGGGUGAACUUGGCGAGCUGGUGAAAGCAACCUCCACCAGUCGUGCCGACUUCAUUCAAGAGUGCCGAGAUGGGAAGUUUGAAGGUGUUGUCGCUAUCUACCGUACCUUCUUCUCCUUUGACAUCACAGGCCAAGUGGACGAGGAGCUGCUGAACGCGCUUCCAAACUCUCUGCAAUAUAUUGCCAGCUGCGGAGCCGGCUAUGACCAAAUUGACGUCCACGCGUGCAGUACUCGUAACCCUCCGAUCCGCGUGUCCAACGUCCCCACUGCCGUGGACGAUGCGACCGCCGAUGUGAACAUGUUCCUUAUUCUCGGUGCUCUGCGUAACUUCAAUGCUGGUAUGCACGCUCUGCGUCAAGGGAAGUGGCGUGGCCAACCCGCGCCUCCGCUUGGCCAUGAUCCCGAAGGCAAGACCCUGGGUAUCUUGGGCAUGGGUGGCAUUGGACGUAACCUGAAGAAGAAAGCGGAGGCUUUCGGUAUGAAGGUUAUUUAUCACAAUCGUCGUCAAUUGAACGAGGAGCUUUCCGGUGGAGCUCAAUAUGUUACUUUUGACGAGCUCUUGUCCACCAGUGAUGUGCUCAGCUUGAAUCUGCCAUUGAAUAAACACACACGCCACAUCAUUGGCAAGAACGAAUUUGCUAAAAUGAAAGACGGAGUGGUUGUCGUUAACACGGCUCGUGGUGCUGUCAUGGACGAGGCCGCGCUUGUCGAAGCUCUGAGUACCGGGAAGGUGUUCUCGGCUGGUCUUGAUGUUUUUGAAGAGGAACCUAAAAUUCACCCCGGUCUUAUUAGCGAUCCGAGUGUGAUUCUGGUACCUCACAUGGGUACCUGGACAAUCGAGACUCUCGCCGCGAUGGAGGAGUGGACUAUCGAGAAUAUCUGUCUGGCACUCACAACUGGCAAGCUCAAGUCUCCAGUCCCUGAACAGGCUGACUUGUAA